GGAGAAGGGGAGCAUAGCCACCAGUAUCUCGCCGACCGACGCGCCGCGAGCACGUUUGUGAUGCGCACCGCGCUUUGACGCGAGAUGGCCUCGUCCUCCGGCAACAUCGUCGUUGAGUGGUUGCGAUCUCUCCACUUAGGCCAAUAUUCGGAGAGUUUCAUCGACAAUGGUUAUGAUGAUCUGGAAAUAUGCAAGCAAGUCGGAGAACCUGAUUUGGAUGCAAUUGGAGUUUUAAAUCCAGCACAUCGUCAAAGAUUGCUGCACUCUGUAAGAACUUUGAGGGAGGAAGGUGCAGCCGCUGUUUACUUUACAUUAGAAGAAGCUGCCGCCGCUCGAGAUUCGUGUCGUUGUGAAGAAGAAGCUAGGAAAGAGCAGGCGGCAGCUGCAGUGGAACCGGCUAAAUAUGCGGAUGAGUAUGAAGAGGGAAAAGCAGAGUUGGUGAAGAUUCCGCGUAUGCAGCUGAAGCGGUUGCUUCGGGAACGCCUAGCUCAGGAUGGGAUUCGCCUGAGCCUCCAGCCUUACUCAACAACGGACGGCGACCGGGGUUACUUAGAAGGUUUGGCGUCGAGAUACGCGGACCUGUUCUCAACGCACUAUGGCGAUGUGCUCGACCACCUGGAGGAGUUGAGGAGACACGAGUGGGAAGAGAUGUCGCCCAGGAUGAGGGUGCUCGGGGGGCCAGGCACGCCUCAGACGCCGCCUUCCGCCAGCCCUGGCUCCCUCGCGCUGAACAACCUGACUACGUCGCAUUCGCAGCCUAUUUAUGUGCCUGGAAAAUAUUCGCCUUCAAGUUGCCUCACAGAUAAAGAAGAAGAUGAGAUAUAUGGUUUUGGAUACGGCGUAUUCGGCAAACAAAUGUUGCAGAGGCAACAGCAACAGAAACAGUUGCUGUUGGCUCAGCCGACGCAACCGCUGAUGCACAAUCAACAACACAACUACCAGAGUUGUUUGAGUCCGCGAUCGGCAUAUUUCUACGAAUUUCCCCCUAGUGUUUUGCCCACAGAUAAUUGCCUUGGUACAGCGAAAAAGAAGGUGACCACUUUCUCGAGACUGCUGAGAGGUUUGAAAUCCCAUAGAAAAGAGAAACAUGGAUCCUGUUCGCCUAAGCACACGCACAGUCCGAGACAAGUCCUACCACCACAAAGGGUGGACACACCGGACAGCGUUCUCCAAAGUGGUCUGGGUCUAGGGCCUGGCCCGGACACUGCCCUGAGAUCCAUGGUUGAUCCCAGGGACUAUGACCGCCUCCGCUUCUUACAAAUGACUGCCGCCCAACCAAACACCUUCGAAGAGACUAUACAUAGGUUAAAAGUCCAGGAAGCAAUGAAGAAAAAGGAUAAACUGGCUAGAGAACAAGAAGAGAUUUUAAGAGACAUUAGACACGGUCUUAUGAAUAUGGGAAGAGAUGGUGUUAGAGGUCCUUUUGGAGACGACACAUAUAUGUAUGAUGAUGAAGCAAGAGGCUUGACUGGCAGAGGGCAUUGGUAUGACGAACCUCCUUACGAGAGUGACCCUGAAGACUUUUUAAUGGGCGGUGGAGCACCAGCGGCGCAGUUUCAGAAUGGAAGAGUUUGUUUUACUCUUAAUCUACGUAACGAACCAAGAGGUGAAGGUGUUAUAUCGCUCAGAAGUGCAGGCGACAUUAGUUUAGCGAGAGCCCCUCGAAGAGGAUUAAUAAUUCCACAGAGCGGUCCCUAUCCAACCACUGUUAUCCCCUUACGAACUGCGAGAGAUCGAGAAAGCGGGGAUUAUGCUGCAUCUGACAUUCAAUCUAUAGGCUCUCGGCUGUCGGGAAUUUCGCUAGAAUCGAGUCGAUCGGAACGAGAUUCACGAAGGGGUUACAGGCAAAUGUCGGGAUAUCGGAUAGGUGCCGAUCCACUAUCACCCGCCUCUUCAGAUUAUGAGGAUCAAGAAAGUGAAACCGAUUCGCAACACAUAGCAACAGUACAUCAGUCGGCAGAAGAAUGUGAAGGUGUGUCAAACUUAGCUGGAAAAGUACGCGGUCUUAGGCAAGAUGUUCAAAGAAAAAUAUCAAGAUUAAGGCAAGAAAGGGGUCCUGAAGGCACUGAUAGGCGGACAAGUGGCGACCAAGCAUUUCCGUGUUCUAAUAGUUCUUUCGAAAGUCUUCCCAGCGGAUCAGGCAGUAGCACACAAGCACUGGUUCGCGCUGGUAGUAAUCACUCAUCUCUCUCGGCAGAAGAAAACAUAGAAUUAAGUCCAGCCGGGCGAAGUUUACUCGUGCCUCAAAUGCUGUGCCGAGCUCGAGCACUCGUCGAUUACAUACCCAAUAUUUAUGAGAAGGAUGCCCUAAGAUACAAGAAGGGAGACAUCAUAGAAGUUGUAAAUAUGAACGCGUCUGGAAUCUGGCGAGGUGUACUCAAUAACAAAGUAGGAAACUUUAAGUUUGCUAAUGUUGAAGUCUUGUCUGAUAGAGAAACAGUGCGAUCGCGAUCAUCUAAAUGGUGUAAAAGUCGCGAAAGACUAUGGGAAACCAGACCAAGAACAGUUGAAGAAUUACUGAGGAGGAUAGACUUACCAGAAUAUACGGUCGCAUUCUCUAGAAAUGGAUACGAGGAUAUAGAACUUUUUAAGGAAAUUGAGCCAUCAGACUUAGACUACUUGGGAAUAAUGACGCCCGAUCAUCGGACGCGCAUCCUGGCCGCCGUACAACUCUUACAUAAGCUCGAAUGUGGAGAAGCUGACGGCGAAGGUGAAGGAGGUGAAUCAAGCUCCGAAGGUGGUGAGUCCCCGUUUGGUCGGCGUCAAUUCCCGAGAGAUUCGGGGUGCUACGAAGCUAGUGUCGGUGUAGGUGGAGUCCGCGUACGGACUUCACCGUUAGUUCAUAGAGCUGACGAACCCACUCAUAGGCCACCAGAACCGGCGCCCCAAGCAAAAAGGUCUGUCCGUCGACGACAGCCUGAUGACGUAGAAUGCGAUAGAAUCGAACGUUAUCCUGGCACAAUAGGAGAGAGAACGGUCGCUCGCACUGGUGGCUUGCCGGGUGGUGCGAGAGAUGAUACUUGCGAGUCUGAUCAUAGGUUGAAUGUGGUUAAAUUCGUAGCUGGGGGUGAGCCUUGCGCGUCGGAGAAGAGUAGUGACUCUGGUGUGAGUAGUUCAUCGCUGAGUUCGGCUCACCCCCACCGCCCCUGAGCGCGGCCUGCCGCGCCCGCGCUCGCCUAGGCGCUGGCGCGGGCGCGUGCGCAGGCAGCACAGCCGCCCGCUCCCCCCGCAGAUGUCAACCACUCGCCGUCCGAAUGCGAACUGGACAAUACGCAAGCGGGGAUGCCAAAUACGCAUGAAUUUUGACUAUUCAACUUAUUAAUAGAAAAUGUGAAAUGAGUUAAAUAAUAUUUAAUGAAAUGUUCUUUAGAAAUAAAGACUGAACUAUCAUAUUUUGUCGAACAUCAUUAUUUUUUGUGUUUGUGUACGGGCGGCAUUAUGCAUUAUAAUAUUUGUGAUAAGAACUGCCACGUAAAUCAUUAAAACAUUUUCUGAAUAAAUAAAUAAAUUCUGUAACAUAGUAUUGCAAUAAAUUUUAAGUGUCUACUUUUAAUGAAUUUGUGAUAUUUAUAUUUUUGUCACAAUAGAUUUUCAUUAAAAACUGACAAAUGUUAUCUACAUACCUUACUAUGUACUAGGAUUUUUUCUCAUUUCGACAAAUUGCCUUGUAAUGCAAUUUAUUAUACAAAAUACUAACAAAGGAAGUCACAAAGCUUUUUUUAAGUUGGUUGGAAUAGAGUCAAAUUUGUGAUGAAUUGUUAUAAGUUAUAUAUUCGUUACGGUUUCAGAGUUAAUACUCUGAAAUUGCUGUCAUCAUUCCGUUAAUAAAUAUAACAGCAUAUCAGUGAAGGCCCCGAUAGCUUUAAUUGCUUUCAUAUUUUAUAUGCUGUCGAAAACACAACAAAGAUGGUUGAUAGAAGGCGUUUCUAGUUCUGUAUAAUUAGAACAAUCCGUCAUCACCUCAGUUGUGUUUUCGACAGAAUAUACCUAAUUAAUUUUGCUAAUACAAAGUACAUAUUUACUUUGUACUGAAGGCAAUAAACCAGUUGACAAAAGUAACUGGGGCGUUCAAAGCGCAACAUUCGAUAGCAAUAAUUGUAAAUAACUUAAUUGAUAGGUUAAUUAUUAUAUGUUGAGAACUUUUGUAACUUUUUAAGAGAGCUUUAUGCGGUAUCCCGCAUGUACAGUAUAGUUUUAGGCAUUUGCGUGUGAAAUUUUAAAUUUCGCUCAGAUCUUCCCAGUCAUUAGAAACUUGCCAUUCAAUAUCUUAAUGCCCAUAUUAUUUAUCGAUCUUAAGACUGAGCUGACUAGUAAAUGUGACAUUAUUUAAUUGAAUAAACAAUAUCUGCAAUUGAUAGAAGUUAUUUACCGUUUCUAUCUGCUAUUACGGUCACUUGAUACCAUAAAUUACUUCUAAUCUACGUAAUGUUUCAUCUGUAACUACUAAUAAAGGUAAAAUAAAAAAGUAUAUUAGCGAUUAUCACUAAUGAAGCCAACGAUAUGCUUAGAAUAAUCUACUUAUUGUGAAGCGUCUCUGAAAAAAUUCGCGACAAUGUUUCAUGCAGUAAUUAUUAUUAAUUAUUCUGGCCUAAGAAAUAUUACUUAUUUUCAGAAAUGAAAUCUCUUUAAUUCUUAUAAUUCCUAAAGUAAUUUCUUUAUCAAUAAACAACGCCAUGAAUUUUAAAUAAAUAAAUAUAAUUUUUGUUAAGGAAAUACUUCACGAGGGAUCAUAUUUUAAGAAACAGCUCUAUUACUCAAUAUACUCGUAUCGAGAAAGUUUAGUUUAUUACUGUUGUAAACUUAUUCUUCCAUCGCAUUUCCUCAUUCGUCUCAGUCUCAAGAAAAAUAUUCAAGUGAAAAUUUUCCACUGUCCACGGUGUUAAUUUUGUGUACAUUAUGUAUUAUAAUCCCAUUCGACACCAUUUCGACUAAAAUCGUGAACUAGUCCGAACUAUUAAAUGUAAAUAGAUAAAUGUUUGUUACUUGUAUAUUGUAGAUAGGCAGUAUUCCUUUUGAAAAUUAUUGUAUAUUGAAUAAUUAAUUAUUACUUUAUUCGAAUUAAAUGUUAUUAUUAAAAUAAAAUAAUUUAUUUAUAAUCAAAUUAUGUUAUAUAUACGCUCAGGUAGAAAUAUCUAUUUUGCAUUAUUUGGUAACAAUAGUGUUGUUUUUAAAAUGGUGAUUAUCUCCACAUAAGCUGUACAUUUCGAUUUUCUUUAUAUUGUGUUAGCCAUACACCUACUGCAGUAACUUUGUGUAGCAAUAUUUAUAUUUUUUUAAACGAACCCUAUUUGUAAGUCUACAAAUCUGUUUACAAACAUGGAUUCUCAAUAAAUAAAUCCAAAAAUUUACUGAAUUG